AUGGCCCCCCGUCAUUGGACGACAGAACAGGAAUACGCAUUCCUCGACAACCUGUACCUGCAAUACCUCAAAGCCCAGAAAGAAGGCAACCAAGACCCAUUCUUUGUCCAGGUGGAAUGCGAAUGGUUCGAAGAGUUUUCUGAGUGCAAGAAGCUCUUUGGCCAUGAGGUCACCGUCCUGACACCUGAACAGAAAACACAACUCGGUUCGACGAUUAGUGCACGUCAAAAGCAGCUUUGUGAAUGGUUUCAGAACAGGAAUGCCUCUGCUCGAUGCUCAGGUGCAGCUCUCAAAAAGCUGGCAUUCAAUAUGGAUGCUGCAACGAAGCCUGCUGAACGCCGUCACCUCAAACCUCUUGAACUCUAUUCACGAAAGUACUACCGCACGAGGAUCAAGCCUGCUGUCAAGAAG